AUGAAAGCCGCGCUCGAACAAAUUACGAUCCUCAAAUCUCUGCAGCUCGAGCGCGAGCUCUCUAGGUUCUGCCAACGGCUAUCCCGGCUGUACCAAGGAUGGCCAGACAGGUUGCCUGAUGGUAAGCUAUCAGCUCCGCCUAUGGACAUCCGCAACAACGGUGGAGUUACGAGUGCAUCGCUGACCUUAUUAGGAUUAGGGAUUUGGAGAUUUUGGGAGUUUGAACGGAUUGAUAGAGAGGGAGGAUACUCCCCGUAUUGGACCGCCGUGACUGCACGGUUGGCGCGGUGGCUGGCCAACUGGCGCAACGUGUCGCGCGGUUUCGAUUCCCACACGAAACAACUCUUUGGUGAUCCACAAAUUGUUGUUCCAGGUCUGGGUGUGAUGUGUAUGUGA